AGCAGCCUGGGAAGGGUUCAUUGAAAGUUCACUCGCAUAUAUUAGGCAAUUCAAUCUUUCAUUCUCUGUGACAAAACUAGUAGGAAGUGAGCGGCAUGGAGGCAGAACAAACCAUUCGUCAAUAAAGGGGAGAGUGGAUUUUUAAAAUGUAAACCCUUUUGUUUUUAAACAUCUCUUUGUCGUCUGUCGCAAUUUGAAAUAGAUUAUUUUGUAUCUGAUAAUUCAGAAGGCUCACAGUGCGAUAUUUGGGGGGGUAAAUCGUCGGAUUCAGUUCAGAAAAAUCAUGGAUGCCCCUUUUUAUUUGGUAUCUGGGUUGCUUGGAAAUGGUAAAUGAUGAUUUGGAUCAAUUACAGGCUUUUAGCUGUGUUGUCUGUCAUAAUUCAUGAUUCUAGUCUGGGAAAAAGACCAAGACUUUACGUGCCAAAAAAGGGGCAGAGUUUGAUGGAGUUGGGUCCACUUUUACAUGCCAUUUUCCUCUACAUCUAAAGGAUAAGCACUUUCUCAGAGUCUGCAGGCUCAUGAUGUUUGACUGUAUGGAUGUUCUAACAGUGAGCCCUGGGCAAAUGCUGGAUUUCUACACUACAAGCCCUUCUUCAUGCAUGCUCCAGGAAAAAGCUAUUAAAGCAUGUUUCAAUGGACUGGCACAAACAGACUGGCAGCACCGACGCAGCGCUCAGUCUAUUGAAACACAGAGCACCAGUUCUGAAGAACUGGUGCCAAGCCCCCCUUCCCCACUGCCUCCGCCCAGAGUUUACAAGCCUUGUUUCGUCUGUCAAGACAAGUCGUCCGGCUACCACUAUGGAGUCAGUGCAUGCGAGGGGUGUAAGGGUUUUUUCCGCAGAAGUAUUCAGAAAAACAUGAUUUAUACGUGUCACAGAGAUAAAAACUGUGUUAUUAACAAGGUCACAAGAAAUCGAUGCCAGUACUGUCGGCUGCAGAGGUGCUUCGAAGCGGGCAUGUCCAAAGAAUCUGUUCGAAACGACAGGAACAAAAAGAAGAAAGAGACGGCGAAGCCAGAGUGCCCGGAGAGCUGUGAACUGACAGCCGAGUUAGAGAGCCUCAUUGAGAAGAUUCGUAAGGCUCAUCAGGAAACAUUCCCUUCCCUCUGCCAGCUGGGUAAAUACACCACAAAUUCAAGUGCAGAUCAUCGUGUACGAUUAGACCUCGGAUUAUGGGACAAAUUCAGUGAACUGGCCACAAAGUGCAUUAUUAAAAUAGUGGAGUUUGCAAAAAAAGUGCCUGGCUUCACAGGACUGACCAUCGCAGACCAAAUAACUCUACUUAAAGCUGCCUGUCUAGAUAUCCUGAUUCUGAGAAUCUGCACGAGAUACACCCCUGACAAGGACACAAUGACCUUUUCUGACGGCCUUACGCUGAACCGAACACAGAUGCACAACGCAGGAUUCGGCCCUCUCACAGACCUCGUCUUCACGUUUGCCAAUCAGCUCCUGCCUUUAGAGAUGGACGACACGGAGACGGGACUGCUCAGUGCCACCUGUCUUAUUUCUGGAGACCGACAAGAUCUUGAGGAACCAGCAAAAGUUGAUAAGCUGCAGGAACCACUUCUGGAAGCAUUAAAGAUUUAUAUAAGAAAGCGGAGACCUAGUAAACCACACAUGUUUCCAAAGAUUUUAAUGAAAAUUACAGAUCUGCGCAGCAUCAGUGCAAAAGGUGCAGAACGUGUUAUAACACUAAAAUUGGAAAUUCCAGGAUCAAUGCCUCCACUAAUCCAGGAGAUGCUUGAAAACUCAGAAGGACAAGAUGCACAAGGUGCUGAUGAAAAGGAAAGUACAAACAAAAGCGAACAGAGCGGCAGCUCAUCUCCAGGAUCAGAAGACAGCGGCCCCAUCAGUCAGCCUGCAGCGGCACAAUAGAACUAUUAAACAAUUUUAGACAUCCCCUUACAAAAUACAGGAGGAACAGGCAAAGCAAGAAGCAUUUUCAUAGAUGCUUUGCCUUUGUGUUUUUUUUUGCAACACUAAGGCCUAAAAGGACCAGUUCUUUGCAUACAAUUCCAAUUAAGCUCUUAACUUUUUUUGGACUUCAGUCUAUAUAUCCUUGAAUUUUAAAAGUUCCAUUGGUAAAACUACCUAAACUGGUUUUAAAACGUCAGGGUUACAUUAUUUAAUUUCACAAUUGCAUGGUUCAGAGCUUGGCAAGUGGUUCAAUUCUUUACUUGUUGACAUGCAUUGUACAUAUCAUUGUAUGGUUAAAUCUUUGUUACUAUACUGGAUUUGUGGUGCUUUUUCAUUGCCUUAAAUAUGUUUUAAGGCAAGACAUCAAGAUAUAAAAUGGGCUUAUUAAAUCCUAAAAACAUAUAGAAUGUUCUGACUUAGGUUAGUAUGGAAGUCUAUUUUAUAUCUGUUCAUAUAUUUAAGGUGUAUCUAUUUUGUACUGUUUAUUCCCCCAUAAAAAACAUGAUAGCCCCGACCCUUCAAUAUCAAUAUAAACUGCCAAUUCCGUUAAACAGGUCAAAGAAAUUGUCAGUCAUUGUAAGUAAAAUGGUUCACAUCUUUUUAAACAUGUGAGAAGCUCAAAGAAAGAAUAUUACACAUAUUUUGCAGUAAAGAUAGCCUCCAAGGCAAAUCACUGUUCAGUGUUACAAUGUUGUUUUGUUUGCCUGUGUCAUGUUGAGCCAGUUAGAUAAUGUAUGUAAUUGGCUGACUCAGUGAAUCACCAUGCAGCACUGUUGUAGAGUUGUGUUCCUAGAUAAUCUUAAUUAGGGGUUUUAAUCGAUUAAUCAGACCUGUGGGUGAUUAAAAAAAUAAUUGAUCGAUUAAUCUUGUCUACCUGAGUGCGCAAAAAAGAGAUUUUGAAAAAUGGCAGAAGGUACCAAAUAUAAUCUACUCAACUCUGCCUUUACUUUACAAGGGAUAAUGGGAUAUAAAGAGAGCUCCAGGGCAAUUUUUCUAUUGUCUAUGGAGAGGGGUCGGAUUGGGCUGACUUUCUCAGUGUCUAAAAUAUUUUAAAACUUUUGAAAAUCUGUUUCACUGUUGCCCAGGGUCCAACUAAAUGAACCUGGUGAAUGAUAAAUUGAUAAGAAAAAUGUACUUUUCUGAAUACAGUCCUUCAUCCGCGCCUGCUUAGUUAAGAUCACGUUUUCUAGUGCUGUGUAAAACUGUUCUGUGAUUGCAGUGUCAUAUUUACCUAUAGCAAAAUAUUUUACUUACUAGUUGUAUGGUAAUAAGCAUUACAUUUUGCUGUACCAAUGCAAAUUUACUUAAGCUACUGCAGUUGCUAUUUUUAAUAUGAUCGUAGUGAAAUAUAUAGCUUGAUUGAUACCUGAAUUCACAAUUCUCUUAUUUAAUUAUAUAAAAACUUCUCCAAUACAGUUUACUUAAAUAAAUAUUGCAAAACUAAUCAAUUAAUAAGGGUCUUUGUUUUGACAUGAAAUUUGAAAAAUUAACGUUUUAUAAUUGCAUCUGCUGUGCAAAGCUCUAAUCUCCACUUUCUGCCCAUGUGCCAUCUCUGGUACUGCAUUCAGAAAAGUGCAUUUUUCGUUUCAAUUACAGUAUGUCAUCAUUAACAUGUGUUGUUUUUUGUCAAGACACCCCGGGCAAGAGUAAAACAGACUAAACAUUGAUAAAAUCAGUUCAAAGCAGCUCUGUCCGACACCGCUCCAUUGACUCAAUAGAAAAACUUGUCCCAAGCUCUUUUUAUAUCCCAUAACCCUUUGUUGAGUAUCUUGGAAAUAUAGAAGAUCUUUGGUACUUCUAAAGACCUUGGUAAAAGGGCAACUGGAAGGUAUACCAAAUAUUUCACAAUAUCUUAAAAUGCAGAAAAAAAGACUGCAACUUGCAACAUUUGUGCAUCGGUGUUUUCCUUUCACAGCCGUACUAAAAUUUGCAAAUAUUUUCAGACUGUCAAAAAAACUUGUAUGUACAUACAUGUAUAUUAAACAUUAGCUGGCAUUAUGAAACAUCUGCAGUAAAUAGCAUUAUGUUAAUUUGUAUUUCUCUUUCAAUACAAUUCAUAUCACUAGCAAACAGGUGUGAUUAAUUGAUAGUACAGCAGAUGAUUAAUCGAUCAGUAGAAAAUGUCAAGAUUAAAACCCCUACUUUUAAAUUAUUUUAGACCU